AUCAAUUUGUUGAUAUUCUGCUUCCUGGUUAUAAAAUUCUACACAUUUUGUCUGUUUACAAUCUAAUCUAAGAGAUGAAUAAAAAAAAUAAAGGCUCUAAAGCUGGAAAGGGUGAUGACCUUUUAGUCCAGAUGGGUAUGAUCCCUGGCAUGGGCAAUGAUGACGACGAUGAUGAAGAUCUCGAGGCUGAACUGCUGGCACUUCAAGGAAUGUCAGCUCCACAAAAGCAGAAAAGAUCAACCAAGAAGUCGGGGAACAAUGAUGGAGUUGAUUUGGCUGCAAUUGACAAAAUGGCCCACGAAGCCAUGAAUAUGGAUGGAGACGAUGAUGAUGAUGUUGAAGAUGAUGACGAACUUCUGGCAGAGUUGCAGCAACUCUCCAGUGAUGAGGACUCAAAGCCAGCCCCAAAACCGUCAUCACAACCCUCACCAAGCAAAGUGGCACCUCCUGCCCCUGCUCCAAGGAUGACCUCUCUUCCAUCUCAAGCACACCAGAUGGCAGCACCAGCCCCAGCGGAAAGGGCCCCAUCACCAAGGUCAUCAACUGGGAAGCAAGGAAUUCUGGCAGAACUGGAGGAGAGGCUUGAGAUGUAUAAUGGAGCAUACAGCCAUGCUCAGACAGAGGGAAAUUCUUCAAAGGCAAGACGAAUGAACCGAGGUGCAAAGACAUUGAAAGACCUCAUAAGGCAAGCCAAGGCUGGGAAACCUGUUCCUGAGGAAGAGAUACCUCCAGUUGUUCAUGCAGGCCAAGUUGGGAAACAAAAAGAAGACAGCCCAGCAGCCACUCCCAUGGAAACAGUACCUUCCGAGCCUGUUAGAGUAUACACUCAGCCAGACCCUCCUGUUUCACCAUCCCAGGGAGCAGCAGCACCACUAUCACCUGAUGUACAGAAAAGUAUAGCUGUGAUGACAGAGCGACGUGAGCAAUACAAGCUUGCAGCUCUCCAGGCAAAAAAAUCUGGAGACAUUGAACAUGCCAGGUCAUAUUUUAAAACUGCUAAGCAAUUCGAUUCUGUGAUAGAUGCUGCAACUGCUGGUAAUCCUAUUGACCUGUCUAAGAUGCCCCCAUCCCCGCCAUCUGCAUCUGCACCCAGUAUUCAAGUGGAAAAGAGUAGGAACCAGGGCCAUGGAGAAGCGGCUGCAGCUGCUGAGCCAGAAUUGGAUGUGCCAAUGGAUUCUUCAGUUGAUAAAGAUCUCUUUGGUGCCCCUGAUGCCCCUCAAUCAGUGAUGGAGGCCCUGCAACAGCGUUUACAAAAAUACAAGUCAACUGUUGAGAAAGCUAAAGAAGAAGGAAAUUCAGGCAAAGCGAGAAGAAUGGGAAGAAUAGCUAAGCAAUAUGAGGAUGCAAUUAAAGCUCAUAAGGCAGGCCGCCCAGUAGAUUACAGUGAAUUACCAACUCCUCCAGGAUUCGCCCCCAUACCAACAGGCUCCAGCCCAGCCCAAAGCAUGUCACCCCCAGCAGCCAGCCCCCAACAGAGGUCACCAGGAGCACCACAGAUGAGGACAGCGGCAGGGAGCGGGGGACAGACAUCGCCAGCCACUGCUUCUCCACCAAAACCAGCUGUAAAACGGAAAUCAGGUGAAAUUCCAGUGGGUCGACAGCAACAGCAGUUAGCUUUCAUACUGGACAGACAGAAGCAAUUCAAGCUGGCUGCUCUGAAGGCCAAGCAAGCUGGAGAUAAAGAACAGGCUAUGGCAUAUCUCAAACAAGCUAAGGGUUUUGACCCAAUGAUAGAGUCUUUACAUAAUGGGGUCCGAGUUGACAUGUCAAAAAUACCAAGACCGCCAGGAAUGGAGGAAGAAAGUUUGUCAAGUUACGAAUUUGUAGAAUCGGAUGAUUGUUCAAAUUCUGGGCAGACUGGUGACCGGGAAGAGAUGUUUAAAAAGUUAGAGCAGGAUCUUAUCAAUCAAAUCAGGACGUACAGCAGCAAUUCUAAUCACUUCACUCACACUGGAGACAUUAGUUCAGCAGAUAGAUUUGACAAACUUGGACAAAACUGCCGCAAAGAUUUAGAUGCCCUGAAGAAUGCUUAUAAGCAUGGUGAUCCUGUGCCAAGAUUUCAUUACGAAACCAAAGAAUUUAAGUUAUUUAAGUGUUGUACAGACCUCGGUGACAGUGAUCUGGAACUUAUUGUGGUGCGUGGAAUUCAUUAUAACCCUCCUUCAGGGUAUACACCUGAACAGCUUGACACAUAUGUGAAGUAUGAAUUUCCAUUUCCGACGGAUGAUUGCCCCAAGGGUCAAACUCAAAUGGUCAAGAGCACUGCUUGUCCAGAAUAUGAAAAGUCAUUCAAGAUACCAAUCAACAGAAAAUCGAGGUCAUUUCAACGACUGAUCAAGAUGAAAGUGUUCAAGUUUGAAGUUUAUUAUCGAAGGGGAAUUCUGAAGAGCGACAAAGUUUUGGGAAGUGCAAGUGUAAAGUUACAACCAUUAGAAGACCACUGUGAAAUCCAUGAGUGUGUAGAUCUGAUGGAUGGCAGACGGCCUUGUGGAGGUCGGUUAGAGGUCAGGGUUAGAAUACGACAGCCUCUCGUGUCAAAGGAGGAGGAAGAAGUAAAGGAGAAGUGGUUGGUUAUUGACCUAUUCAAUCGAGCUCUGACUGCAGGGCCUUCACAGACCAGAGCAAGAUCACGAUCCCCUGCUGCUAAUAGUGGUGCUACUAGGAGAGCCUCAACAUCUAAAGUUUGCUCUGUGUCCUAAAGAGAUCCUCACUUGGAAAUGGUUCCGUGCAGACCUUUUGACUAUAGGCCCUACCUUCCUAAAUAUGGGCCUAGGACAUGUGGAGUCAAGUGGGACCCUGGACUAAUCUUAAUGCCACUUGACCUGGAACUAUCCCACUGGAUUCACUGUGAUCUUGGACUAUUUUCCACAGAUAUUGUGUUAUCUGACAAUGGACAUCACCAUUAAAUUAAUUACUUAAAAUUUAGUGUUUUCUGUCUGGAUAAAGAAAAAUGAGAAUACUUCUGUAUGUGACUGUGACCUGGAAUGUCAGUAUUAAAAAUCUUUGAGUUCUCUAGUCGGUUUCAGUUUUUGAGUGAUAUACGUGGACUUACCAUUAAACGCCUGGAUAUUAGCACCAUAUCUAAAUUCAGGACAGCAGCACUCAUAACAAAUAUGAACUUUUAAAAGCGUGAGGGGCAUAUUUUUAUAUACUUGCCAUAUUUUAUAUAUUUAGAUACUCAUUUAUGUUUGAUAUUGUGUACCAGUCUUACAAGCUGCUUGUUGACAGUUAGAUAUUCACAUCAUGUAUGAACAGCGUCAGCUGCCUUUAGUACUAGAAAGAUAAUCACAGCAUACAUGAACUUAUAUUUGUUCUUGAAUUGAUUAAGAAUACCUGUAAGAUAGUAGUUGUUUACUGAACAAAACCAUGUCCAUUAUAUUGUUUUCAAUAUCCAUCUUCAUGUUUUUGGUUUGGAGACGCACAGGAGUGGGACUGAAUUGAAGAGUGCUUUUAGCUGUCUGAUCUACCAGUGGACUUGGCAUUCCAUACUGGCUGUCUUGGCUAGUCAUGCCAGCUGUCUGGGGAUGACUAUUGCCAUCUUGGAGAUAGAAAGGGCUGAAUUACUACGCUUUUGUAUGCCAGACUAGAUGUCAAAAGCUUGAAGGACUUGUGAAGGUAUCUGACUUUGGGUAAAAGCGAUGCUUUACAUGCAGUAGAUUCUUUUUCUCUAA